AUGAAAAUUAUAUGUGCAGGACUGUCAAAAACGGGAACUACAUCUAUGGUAAAGGCUUUAGAGAUACUGGGUUUUAAAGUCUACGAUUGGAAAGAACACGUAACGAUCCAUGUCGAUGAAUGGCUUGAUAUCUACUUGAAAGGUAAAACUCCUGACUUCGCUUCCAUGUAUAAAGAUGUUGAUGCUGUCACCGAUCAUCCAGCGGGUUUUUGGUAAGAAGAAAUCUUACAGGCUUUUCCAGACACCAAGGUUAUUCUAAAUGUACGAGACAGCGAGGAUGUCUGACUGAGAAGCCAAGUCAGAGAGAAUGAUGUGGAUAUGUAUUUAAAUGCUGGAUUCCUGGUUAAAUGGUUGAUGAGGAACUGGUCUCACCGCAAAUAUUAUGCAUUGUUAGAUUGCACGAAUGUUGUAGCGGUUGGCAGCUUACAAACAGAAUCUACCGUUCUGUUCAGGAAAAAAUAUCGCGAGUAUAAUGAACGAGUGCAGACCGUCAUUCCAAAGGAGCGGCUGUUGGUGUACAACGUGAAACAAGGCUGGGAACCUUUGUGCAUGUUUCUU